CAGGGAAAUAAUGCAGGGUUCCUGGGCAGAGGAAGAGUUAGCUGAGAAGCUCAGCUGCUCAGAGCUCAGCAGGAGAGCAACCUGCAUUCAUUAAGGAUGGUUUUGAAGAUCAUCUGGCCACUGCAAGCAUGCAAACUUCUCCUGGUGGUUUUAUCUUUGCCACAAGUGAGGACAAGUUCUGUUUUAACUGUGAAUGGUAAAACUGAGAACUAUGUCCUGGACACCACAUAUGGUGGCCAAGCAUCUCUGGAAUGUGCUGUUCAAAACCACACCAGAGAUGAAGAACUUCUCUGGUACCGAGAAGAUGGAAGAGUAGAUUUGAAGACUGGGAACAAAAUCAACAGCAGCUCUGUCUGUGUCUCUCCCAUCAGCGAAAACGACGAUGGAGUCCGCUUUACCUGCAAGCUGCAGAGCGAUCAGCAGGUGUCGGUCUCCGUGGUGCUCAAUGUUAUUUUCCCUCCUCUUCUAGACGGAGAUGCCUUCCAAACCAUAGGGGAAGACAAGGAUGUAAGCUUGGUUUGCAUUGUGAAAGCCAACCCCCCAGCGCAAAUGACAUGGCAUAAAAACAACAGCGUCCUGAUUUUAGAGAAAGACCGUCACCAAAUCCAAGAGACAAGGGAAUCUUUUCAGCUGUCCAUCACCAAAGUCAAGAAAUCUGACAGCGGAGUCUACAGCUGUGUUGCCAGCUCAUCUCUGAAAACGGAGACCAUGGACUUCCACCUGGUUGUUACAGACAAGGUUCCGGAUUUACCGAUAGAAGCAAUCAUUGCCGCCUGUGUGGUGGUCGUCCUGACACUGGGUUUUGGACUGCUUGCUAGGAGAAAAAGAAUAAUGAAGCUCUGCAUGAAGAAGAAAGACCGGAAUACAGACACAGCUCUAUGAGAAAGCUGAGCCGCCACCUAACACGUGAAGAGUUUUUGCAUCAGGACCACCUCAAUUUGUGAAAUGUCAUCUGUAUUUAUUGCUACUUUUCAAUUCACUCCGAUCAAAUUGUCAGAGGUUAUGAAGAAGUAUUUAAUUGUUAAUUACUAAACAGUAGUUGUUAUGACUAAUUCCAUCUACUUAUGGAACUAUUUUAUGCACAAGGUUUUGUAAUGAAAAGAUUCUGUUAAGCUCCUUGAAGUACAUGUUAAUUGACUGUGAUUUAUUCCUGAUAGAUUUGUAACUACUCACUAUCUGACUUAUAUUUUUCUAGAUAGGAGACUAACUGACAUUGGGGUUUUUCAAAUCAAUGCAGUAGCAAAAAAAAAAAAAAAAAAAAAAAAAAAGGAAAGAAGAAAGAAAGAAAAGAAAAUCAAAGUAGAGAACAUCAUGGAAUGAUGACGUUCCAAAGUUGCCAGGGAGCACAUAAAGACGUAAAUUAUCUCCUGCUUGCAGUCUCGUUAAUGUCUUAGGACUAAAGAAGGAAGGAUCUAAUCUCAGACUAUAAGACAUUCCUUCAAAUGGAAUAAAUUUAGUAUCAUGGAA